GUUUGUACCGCAUAUUGCGGUGUGCCGGCAUACCGCACGGAGAUGAAUAUUCAUACCGCGAGAUAAUAGCCUUGUGUUUGUGAAACUAAAAUAGCAUUGACGGAGUAAUGUUCGAAUGAAUAAAUUAAAUGGACAUUCAAAAGCUUAGCUAUUUUAUUACAUUGGAUACAGUUUCACGGCUUUACGUAAACUCUAUUGAAGAUGGCGCGAAGGCAUCAACUAGUUAUGUUAUUACACUGGAUAUGCACCCUAGCCAUGUUCGUUGCAACUCAGAUAUCUGGCAAAGGUCGAGGUGGAGUGAAUGCAGUUAACGCUACAGCAGUUCAAGGAGUUGCAGUUGACCUUACAGGAUUCUGGUCUUACAAUGAGUCGGAUCUCUCUAAGUAUGAGGAUUUCGACCAUUCCAGGUUUCUAGAAGAGUUGCCUGGAGUACAGAUAGAAGAGCCCAACACAGGGACCACGACACGAGCGCCGUGGCUUCCCCUGAAGCCACCCUCGCCACGUACUCCACCACCACGACUUACAUCCUUUGAUCUGCCUGUCUUUGACCAUAGCCAGAUAACGAACGUGUCCACACAGCUAGGGGACACUGCGUUCCUUAACUGUCGAAUCAAGAAUCUUGCAGAACAUUCGGAAGUCUCCUGGGUGCGUCGACGUGACUGGCACAUCCUUUCUUCUGGCUUGACGACGUUUACAAACGAUGAGCGAUUCCAAGUUCUCCACUCUGAGCACUCCGACAACUGGGAUCUGCAGAUUAAGUUCGUCCAGAAGCGAGAUAAUGGGACAUAUGAGUGUCAGGUGGCGACCGGUAAGGGCACAAUGUCUCAUUACUACAAUCUCCACGUGGUCAUCCCGUCCGCCUGCAUUAUCGGCAGCGGGGAGUACCACAUCGGUGAGGGCAGCACCAUUAGUCUCAUCUGUAUAAUAGAAAACAGCCCUACACCUCCCCAAUACGUGUUCUGGUACCACAACGAACGCAUGAUCAACUAUGACACAGUGCGUGGUGGGGUGACUGUUAGUACUGAGCCAGGCACGAAGACCCAUAGCCGCUUAGUCGUCACUAAAGCCACUCCCAGUGACUCUGGCAAUUACACCUGCCGAGCUCCCAAUACCGAGGAAGACACCAUAUACGUAUUUGUCUCCAAAGAAGGAGACAACACCGCAGCAAUUCAGCGUCAGGCCAGCUCAAAGACGUCGGGGCAGUCUUGGCUUCCUCCGUGCGUGCUAUUCGCCUGUCUCACUUUCUGGUUAUGCUGAUUUCUUAAAUGAACAUUUAAAAUGACACAUUUAUAUUAAGUUUAUGUAUUUAGAUCUAAUAUUUUAUUCUAACUUUAUCAGACAUGUUAUCCAAAGUAUAUCCAUAUUUUGUUAAUGAAACACGAUGACGAUGUUUCUCUUUGCAAGUAGAUCUGUUAAUAUUAUUUUAGAAAACUAUAAUUUAUAAUAGAGUGUAUUUAAAUGCAAAGAGUUGAUAUAGAUUAAGUAUAGGAUUUUCAAACUCGUGUUAGAAUAUUCUAAAUUUUCUAUCCAAAAUUCAAAUUCAAAAGGGAACAUAUUUUAGUUAAUGAAUUGUGUAACCAAUAUUAGUAUUAGUAGUGUAUACGAUGAAUGAGUACCAUCACAAAAAAUGUUAUUUUCACUUUACUAAAAUAGGUUAACAAUACGUUAUUUAUAAUUUUAACAGAUAUACAAGGUUUAAAAAACGAAUAGGGUAUCCCAAAUAUUCAAAGAACAAUACUUUAUAACGGAGAAAAUAUUGCUUCAUACAGUUUUUUACGUACUUGUAGUUUGCACAUUAUAUGCCACAACAUGAAUGGUUACAAUCACGCUCAUGCCCAAGGAUUUCUUAGUAUAAACUAUGUACCAAUAUUUCAAUAUUAAGUGAUGUUUGUAAAUAUGAACUAUUCCUUUGCAUUUGUAUAAUUGACUGACACGAAUAUAUUUUAGAUAUUGUUUUAUAUGUAUUUGGUGUUUAAUUGUUUUCAGAGCCAUAAAGUUAUGUAAUGUACUAAGUAUAUGUAUCAAUGGAAAUAUUAUUGUUGUUGCUGUUUUAAUAGUUUUAAGCAACUGAGCUUGUAAAAUAAUUUGUAAGAACACUGUGAUAAAUAUCGCUGUAAAUAUACGUUUAUU